CUACUCUAUUAGUUAAAUUAAAGGAAACCAACCUCACUCAUUUUUGUCACGAUCUUUUCCAUCACUCCGCCAGAGUCUGAGCAUACGUUUCCUUACAACUACUCUCUCUUGAGUCUUGUCAAUGAUUUAUGAUUUUGUAUAAUGCUACUUACUGUACAAUUCUUAUCUUGAUUAGCUGUUGUAUAUUAUUAUUAAUAAUUUCCAAAACACCUUUGCAUGUCAGCAUGUGCCUCUCCCUGUGCAUUACCAUAUCUUAACCACUUUUCUUGACUUCUAUAGUAUUGUAUUUUAGAAGAACCUGACACCCCCACAUAAACACACACACACACACACAGUUUACUCAGAAUUUUUUUUAUGGAGAAGCAGAGGAGUUUCUCCAUCAAGCCCACAAGGCUAUGGCUUUUCUCUUUCACCAUCUCCUUUUCUGUAAUAUUUCUCAUCUUCUUUUCCAUUUGGGUCCUCAACCUUCCACUAUCUACUCCUCAAGACCCCCAUCUUCACUUCAACACUACUACUUCAGUCCCUUUGGAUCUCAAACCCAACUUCAAGAUUCAAACUUUGAGUUCUUUUCACACAAAUUACUCAGCAACCCAAAUCAAGAACUCAAUUUUGGUGGGCACCCAUUUCAGUAGAAUUGAAAAUGAGUCCCAAAUUUCUAACAUUUCAGCAUCUGAAGGAAUUUUGGAAAAGGAAAGUGAGCCUAAAUCAGUCGCUUACGACAUAAACAGUAACUCUACUGUCCUUUUUGGUGUGAAAAAUUCAACCUUUUCUGGUAACCGCUCGACGAAAUCUGAAACUGUUUCUGAGGUUCUUCAAAUAGAUAGUGCAAAUAGAAGUACUAAGCAACAGCAGCAGCAAAAUGUCUCUUUUCCUUUAUUCAAGAAAAUAGAAGGAGAAGCUUCUAGUGAUAUUGUGCUCAAGGUGGUGAAUAAUAAAAAAGUAUGUGACAUCACUAAAGGGAAGUGGGUAUUUGAUGAGAGCUACCCUUUGUACACAAAUGCCUCAUGUCCCUACAUUGAUGAGGGUUUUAGUUGUGAAUCUAAUGGAAGAUUGGAUAAGCAUUAUAUGAAAUGGAGGUGGCAACCUCAAGAUUGUGACAUUCCAGGGUUCAAUGCUACUCAAAUGCUGGAACUAAUUAGAGGCAAAAGAUUAGUGUUUGUUGGCGAUUCUAUUAACAGAAACCAAUGGGAAUCAAUGAUGUGCUUAUUAAUGGGAGCUAUUGCAGACCCAAGAAAGGUUUAUGAGACUCGUGGUCGGAGAAUAACCAAAGAGAAGGGGAAUUAUUGUUUCAAAUUUGUGGACUAUCAAUGUACAGUUGAAUACUAUGUAACUCAUUUUUUGGUUCAUGAGGGCAAGGCAAGGAUAGGCAGCAAACGAGUGCAGACGCUGCGUAUUGACACGGUUGACAAAAGUUCAUCAAGAUGGAGAGGGGCUGAUAUUCUGGUCUUUAACACCGCUCAUUGGUGGAGUCACCAUAAAACUAAAGCAGGGAAAAAUUACUACCAGGAAAGGAAUCAAGUUCAUCCUCGUCUUGAUGUUUCAACAGCUUUCGAAAAGGCCCUGACUACUUGGGCACAAUGGGUAGAUAGACAUGUCAAUCCAAGCAAAACACAAGUUUUCUUCCGAAGUUCUGCUCCUUCUCAUUUCAGCGGGGGUCAGUGGAACACUGGUGGGCAUUGCAGAGAAACUUCUCAACCUCUUCCUGAGACUUACAAAGGCGAAUACCCGGAGAAGAAUAUGAUAGUGGAACAAAUCAUAGGGAAGAUGAAGACUCCAGUUACCUUUUUGAAUAUAACUGGUAUGUCAGAGUAUAGGAUUGAUGGUCAUCCCUCUAUAUAUGGAAGAAAACCGGGUAGCUCUUCGCGUGUUCAAGAUUGUAGCCAUUGGUGUCUUCCUGGGGUUCCAGACACCUGGAAUGAAAUAUUGUAUAUGCAUUUAGAAAGUAAAAGAAGAAAGAGUUUGACUAACUGAAAUUUCCUUCUCAAAUUUGUAAAUUCUUUCAUUUGUUCAACCUGUUUGCUCGGUUGCAUAUAACUGUGAAGUUCGGGUUUA